AUGCCUAUGCUCAAAGACCCCUCGAAGAAAUACAAGCCUUUCAAGCCGCUCAACAUCCCAAACAGACAAUGGCCCUCGAAAACAAUUGACAAGCCCCCACGCUGGCUCUCGACCGAUUUGCGUGAUGGGAAUCAGAGCUUAGUUGAUCCUAUGGACGGCGAGCAGAAAUGGCGCUACUUCAAAAUGCUUGUCGAGCUCGGCUACAAAGAAAUCGAAGUCUCCUUCCCCUCAGCCUCGCAGACCGAUUUCGACUUCACACGCCGCCUCGUCGAGACCCCUGGCGCUGUACCCGACGACGUCUGGCUCCAAGUCCUCUCACCAUGCCGAGAAGAGUUCAUUAAGCGGACAGUGGAGUCCCUCAAGGGGGCUAAGAAAGCCCUGUUGCACAUCUAUAUAGCGACUAGCGAGUGUUUCCAACGAAUCGUGUUUGGAAUGACGGAAGACCAGAAUGUUGAAUUAGCAGUCAACUGCACAAAGUACGCGCGGAGCAUUACAAAAGAUGAUCCUAGCCAGGCGGGCACGGAAUGGGCCUUUGAAUUCAGCCCCGAAACCUUUUCAGACUCGCGCCCAGAGUUUGUGAUUAGGAUAUGUGAAGCUGUGAAGGCUGCGUGGCAACCUACGGAAGAGAACCCUAUUAUUUUUAACUUGCCUGCUACGGUCGAGAUGUCGACGCCGAAUGUGUAUGCGGACCAGAUUGAGUAUUUCUGCACGAACAUGAGCGAGCGGGAGAAGAUUUGCGUGAGCUUGCAUCCGCAUAAUGACCGUGGGUGUGCGGUUGCUGCUGCAGAGUUGGCACAGAUGGCGGGUGCGGAUAGGGUUGAAGGAUGCUUGUUUGGGAAUGGAGAGAGAACAGGGAAUGUGGAUCUUGUUACAUUGGGCUUGAAUCUUUAUACACAGGGUAUUCAUCCUGGGAUCGAUUUCUCGGAUCUCAAUAGGGUUAUUGAUGUUGUGGAAGUCAGCAACAAGAUUCCAAUCCACCCGAGAGCGCCAUAUGGGGGUUCACUUGUGGUAUGUGCUUUUAGUGGCUCCCACCAGGAUGCUAUCAAGAAGGGCUUUCAAGUGCGAAAGCAGGAGAACGCUACAGACGAGGAUCGUUGGCAGUUACCUUAUCUUCCUCUCGACCCUGCGGAUAUUGGCCGUACAUACGAAGCUAUUAUUCGUGUCAACUCACAGAGUGGAAAGGGUGGAGCUGCCUGGAUCAUUCUCCGCAACCUCGAGCUUGAUCUUCCCCGCGGCUUACAGGUGGCUUUCAGUAAGGUGGUACAACGGCAUGCAGAUGAGGCUGGCAGGGAGCUCUUGUCGAACGAGAUUUCGGAUCUUUUCGAGGAGACUUACUUCCUCAAGCAGAACCCCAGAUUUACGCUCGUCGAUUACAGUAUCAGCACCGACCGCUCUGCAUCACCUGCACCUCCGGCAUCAGGAAAGUCGCAGGAUACGAAGAGCUUGAACAGGAUCUUCGAGGGGGUUAUUUCUAUCGACGGUGAAGAACAUAAACUCAAAGGCAUGGGAAAUGGACCAAUUUCUAGUCUUGCUAAAGCUCUUAGUUCGAUUGGUAUCAAUCUCGAUCUUACCGAUUACAAGGAGCAUGCUAUUGGAGUAGGCAAAGGUGUCAAUGUCAAGGCUGCGUCUUAUAUCGAGUGCACGGCUCCUGGGUAUAAUCAGAAGGUUUGGGGAGUUGGCGUCCACGAAGAUGUGGUGCAGAGUUCUUUGAUUGCGUUGUUGAGUGCUGCGAGCAAUUUUAUUACCAGCAGACCAAAUACGCCGAUUUUGUUCAGAGGCAAGCAUGGGUCGAAGAUAAGUCAAGAUAUUAGCCUCAAUGGAAGCCCGAAGGGCAAUGGUAGUCUCUCUAUUCCAAGACCCAAUGGAGUGCCGAAGAGUGGCCCAGAUGCAGUCAGUGUUUUGGAGGCAAAAGCGAAUGGGAUGUGA